AUGUCACCACAAAAUAUCUGGGCUCAUUACAAAUGGGCAAUCUUCUUUUGCGCCGUGUCAGCCAUUGGGGCUCUUUGCUAUGGCUAUGACAAUACCUAUUACAACAGAGUAUUAGCUAUGCAGGAGUUCAAGAAUGACUACGGAAACAUUCGUAAUACCGACGGCAAGCUUGCCCUAUCUUCGUCCUUUCAGUCUGUCACAGCCUCCGGUAUUUACAUUGGCGACUUGCUAGGCGCAAUCCUUGCCGCUCCACUGAAUGAUCGCUACGGGAGGAAGUCCACAUUCUGGCUGGCUUCAUUCUGCAUAUUUAUUGGCGGCAUUUGUCAAGUCGCAGACAUUCUCAGCUUAGAAGGUCUUCUUGUGGUCGUACGUAUCCUUAUCGGCCUUGGAGUAGGCCAGUUUACCGUCACUUCGUUGUUGUAUAUUGGCGAAGUUGCACCCCCCUCAAUUCGUGGACCAGCGCUCAUGUGCUUCCAGUUUCUCCAAUCCUGGUCUGAACUAUGCGCGUCUGCGAUCAACCAGGGCACCCAAAAUAUCAAAAGCUCUCUCGGAUACCGCAUUCCCAUGGGAGGCCUCGUCGUACUUCCCCUGAUAAUGGCCGCCCUUCUUCCGUUCAUCCCAGAGAGCCCGCUGAGGUACGUGCUCAAAGGUCGACGUACAGAGGCCGAGCAAAGUUUCCACAAAAUCAACCAAAGCAAGCCCAACUACGACCCAUUAGAGGACCUGGCCACUGCUGAGAAUGCGAAGAGCAUCGAAGAGCAGCAUGCUGAGUUCUCUUCAUGGGGGUCUCUGAUAACGGACCCCAUCGAAAGACGCAAGCUGACAUACUCCGCUGGAGCUAUGUUCAGCCAACAAAUCUGCGGCAUUCUGUUCUUCUACGUUUACGGCGUUGUCUUCGCUCAGGCUAUUGGAUUAGGCAACCUUUUUCUCGUUCAACUUAUCACCAACAUAGUCCAAAUAUUUGCCGUGGGCGCCUCGAUAAUUACUGCCAACAGAGUGCGCCGCCGCAUCAACCUCAUGAUCACCAACUUCAUGAUGUUGGUGGCUUUCAUCACUAUCGGUGACGUCUCGGUAAAACCACUGACACCUUCGACGCAAUACGUUAUUGUAGUGUUUUCCUUCGUUGUCAUGGUUGGCUUCAACUUCGGUCUUGGCCCCCUUGCGUAUACCGUCGCUCGAGAAAUGGCAGUCGGUCCCAACCAGAACAAGAUCAUGUCUGCGAGUAUCGUCAUUUUCUACCUGAUGACCUGGGUGGUCUCGUUCACCGCGCCUUAUCUGUACUAUGAUGUCGGGCUAGGUCCAAUGGUGAGCUUCGUAUACGCUGUGUUCCCCGCUCUUGUCCUCUGGUUUGCGGUCGGCGCACCGAUAACAAGCUACCUCGCCGACAGGAAGGGUCUCAGAAAGUUCCCUAGCCCCGGAUUUGCCGGCAUCUCAUCCUUGUGGCGUAUUUUCUACUGCUUCAGAUACCAGCACUUCGCGGCAGUGCACGAAGCUCACAAGACACUGGGCACGCAUGUCCGCAUUGCUCCCAACUAUACCCUCGCGCUGUCUAUGACCUUUACGGCCACCAACUUUCUCAAAGACGCUUGGUACGAUGGAGGGGCCGGAGCGUUCCCUCAUAUGGCCGACGAGAGAAUCAAGACUGAGCAUCAGAGAAAGCGGAAGUGA